GAGAGAGAAACAAGUGCUCGCUUCUCGAGGCAGGCAGGGUGCCAUUUCAAUGUGCUCUUCUCUCCCUCUUCAUCCACUCCUCCCCCAAAUCAGCACCUCAAGGGAACUAACUGUUCAUUUCACUUGAAGCAGCCACUCGUCUUCCUCCUUAAGACUGGUGGGGAGGGGAAAUCCGUCCACACUUUGGAUUUCUUUUCUUGGAUGGAUUGUUCUAGGCACUUCACUUUGUGAUCAUGUGGUUCAAGUAAUAUUACUGACAAAAUGCUCAAGGGAUCCACAGGCCACCUUAGCCAUCCCAUUGGUGCAAUUCCAUUUGAGGCAUUUCAUAACGGGUCAUGGCAUGGAGUUAAUUCUGUAAGGAUAAGGAAUGGUGGUCUAUUUGUUAAUUUUGUCCACUCUGGAUCCACGGUCGAGCAUAAUGUUGGUGGGGACUAUCUGCGCUUACAUUCGAGAAGGGCAACUUGCUUUGAUUGCUCACAUGUUCUCAAACCAGGUUCUGAUGUCUGUGUAUGGCAAGCAACUUCCAGAGGAGAAACACAAUCUUCUGUACUAUUAUGUCAUGAUGCAAGGCUCAUCAAAAUCAAGAGAAAUCAUCACACAGAUCGGUGUCUCUGCUUGUUUGCUGUUAUUUUCUACAAAGAUCAGUGUCCAGGCAGUAAAGAAAAAGUGAUAACCGAUAGAAUAACCGAGGUAGCGACAAUAGGCCAUGUUUUCAUCUUGCAAAAGCUCCAAUCUGAGGAGCUCCAAGAUGGAAGCGUGCAAUGGAAUUCUUCAGAGGAUUGCUUCCAUCACAAUAGAAGCAAGCUGUUAAGUGCUAGAUUCUCCGCAGAAGUUACAUACCUGAUAGUUUUGUCUAGCCUGAGGGGAAUGGAAUUCAACAUCAAGGUGGUAGAAGGAAAGAUCAUUUAUCAAAUCAUCAAAGGAGACCGAGCACGGUAUAGUGUUGAUUCCAUGAGCAUACCACCAGGUUUUGGCAAGAACAUGGAGAUAAUAUCAUUCCAACCACGUGAUGAGGCUUUACGCCCAAGGAUCAGAACAGUUCCCAUCAUUCGUGUUAAGAAACACAAUCUCACAGAAGAUGGGUGUAUCACUGUGAAGGGUGAAUUGGAUAGUGCACAAGAUGUUGAAAUCUUGCAUGAGCAUGUCGACUUGAGACGCUCAAAGCGUCUGAAAACUCAACCGGACCGCUUUACUAGUUACGAUGCACCUAAUUUCAAUCGAACCUACAAGAAGAAAGAGGAAAAUGCAUCAUCCACCAAGAAUGACAGUUCACAGAGAGCUAUGAGUUGGGAUUCACUGAUGCAGGGAGAAUCAAGCGAUGAAGAUGUGCUAGGAAAUGCCAAAGGGAAGCAAACAGUUUUCAGGUCUUUCACGGUCAACGAAUACCCAAGCCCCAUGGAAGGCCAGCAGAAGAACCCAACGAAAACAACUCAAUGCUCUUUGCCUAAGAAGGAAAAACCAAACUUUGUGGAAAUUGAGAACAGCACGACAGAGCAAGGAUGUCCAGAUUCUCACAUUCCACAUACACCUGCGAAGAAUAAAGAGAAGUGCAAUCAUCCGGCUUCAUCAUUCCGACCGAAGUCAUUUACUUCAUCUCGCAGCAUAGAUGCCAAUAGUGAACCAGCAUUCUGCCAAAAGAGGGGUAGGAAAAGAAAGAAACACAUGCGCGAAAGAGAGUACAAGCAAAUGAUAGACCAAUGCAUUGGAAAUAUCCAGAGUGAAAUGGAGAAAGAUUCUGACUUUGAGUUAGAUGUCCAGAUGCUGAAUUGCAGUGGACAUGCUUACCGAGAAGAAGAUUUUACAUGGCCGUCCGCUCAUAGUCAAGAGGAGAAGGAUGAGCUUGAAGAACUGUGGAAAGAAAUGGAUUAUUCAUUGGCUACACUAGCACUUCUUGAGCAAAAGCAGAUACCAGAUUCAGAAGCUGUUCAUGAGAGAAAUACUGAUUUAGGAAGAAGAGUAGAUGAACACUGUCAUCAUGACUGCAUACUGGAUGAGCAACUUGGUCUAACCUGCAGAUUGUGUAAUGUUGUAUGCAUUGAGGCAAAGCAUAUCUUUCCACCAAUGUUCACUGGUAAGGACUACGAGAGGCCUGAACGGAGCAAUUUUUGUCAGGAUGAUCAUGUCCUUCACUCUUCUUUUCUUGAAAUCUGUGCACCAGAGUUCUCAGAAUUCAUGGGAUCCGGAAAUGUGUGGACUUCAAUCACUGAUCUUGAACCAAAGCUACUUGCUCACCAAAGGAAAGCGUUUGAAUUUAUAUGGAAAAACUUGGCAGGAUCAUUACAGCUUGAGGAAAUGGAUAAUUCUACAGCUUGUAGAGGUGGCUGUGUGGUUGCGCAUACUCCUGGGGCUGGAAAAACACUGCUGCUGAUUUCAUUUCUUGUCAGUUACUUGAAAGUUCACCCAAGAAGCCGACCAUUGGUCCUUACUCCAAAAGCUGCAAUCCAUACAUGGAGGAGAGAGUUUGAGAAAUGGGGCAUUUCACUUCCUUUACAUGUGCUCCAUCACUCUAAUGGAAGAGGCAACCCAAUGGGGACUCUUAGUUCGAAAACGCAAGCGGUUUUGAAGAACUUUCAGCGACCAUCCUGGAAAAUGAUGCGGAUUAUGGAUUGCCUGGACAAAUUAUGCAAGUGGCAUGAGCACCCAAGCAUUCUCCUCAUGACAUACUCGUCUUUCCUAGCGCUUACUAAAGAAGACUCAAAACUGCUGCAUCGGGCCUUCAUGGCGAAAAUUUUGAUGAACAACCCUGGGCUAUUGAUUCUUGAUGAGGGGCACAACCCAAGAAGCACCAAAUCAAAGUUGAGAAAGCUACUGUUGAAGGUGAAGACUGAAUUUAGAAUACUGCUGUCCGGUACAGUCUUUCAGAACAACUUUGAAGAGUAUUUCAACACCUUAUCUUUGGCCAGACCUCGUUUUGUCAAUGAUGUUAUGACCGCGCUAGUUCCAGAAUCGGAAAAGGGAACACGUAGCAGGACGGGUAAACACCAAGAAGCAUUGGCGAGGCAUAUUUUUGUGGAAAGAGUGGGCCAAAGGAUUGAGUCGAGCAGCAAACAUGACAGAAUCGAUGGCAUCUCUUUAUUAAACAAGCUUACCCGUGGAUUCAUCGAUUCAUUUGAAGGGACAAAGCUGAACAAUCUUCCAGGGAUAUGUGUGUAUACCCUUUUCAUGAAACCCACUGACAUCCAGAAAGAGGUACUGGCAAAACUAACAACGCCCUUGUCAGGCAAUGUCCGAUACCCUCUGGAGGUUGAACUGCUUACCACAAUUGCUUCUAUCCAUCCUUGGCUUAUAAAAACAACCAAGUGUGCUAGCACUUACUUUAGUCCAGCAGAAGUAGCUAGAGUGGAUAAGUACAAGACAAACUUCACUGUUGGUUGCAAGGCAAAGUUUGUGAUUGAUCUUCUGCACAAGUCCUCAUUCAGAGGGGAGAGGGUGCUGAUAUUUUGCCACAAUGUGUCCCCGAUAAACUUUCUCGUCAAGCUGAUAGAGAUUACCUUUGGAUGGCGUCUUGGGGAGGAAGUCCUAGUGCUGCAAGGUGAUCAAGAGCUGCCUGUGCGCUCGGAUGUCAUGGAUAAAUUCAACGGUGACAGAAAAGGAAAUAGGAAGGUGCUUAUUGCUUCAACCACAGCCUGUGCCGAGGGUAUCAGUUUGACCGGUGCAUCAAGAUUGGUCAUGCUCGAUUCAGAGUGGAACCAUUCGAAGACAAGGCAGGCGAUUGCAAGGGCAUUCCGGCCUGGCCAGGAGAGAAUGGUGUAUGUGUACCUUCUUGUGGCAUCUGGGACAUGGGAGGAAGAUAAAUAUAACAGCAACAGGAGGAAAGCUUGGAUUGCAAAAAUGGUCUUCUUUGGGAGUUACGUUGACGAUCCAUCGCAAAACCGUGUGACUGCAAUUGAUGACGAAGUUCUGAAGGAGCUUGCUGAUGAAGAUAAGACCAAAACUUUCCAUAUGAUAGUUAAGCAGGACUGAAAAAUGCUAGAAUACCUUUUCCUCUGUCCUACAUGGUUACUAUGUCUUAUAACCCCUCUCGUGCUUAGGCUUGCAGUGUGUUGCUAUGCAAAAGAUCACCCCUGUAGUAUAUAACUGAUCUGGUGAUUUUAGCUGGAAAAAUCUAAAUAUCCCUUUCAUUAGG